UGUUUUUUUUCAAUUAACUGUGCACAGUGUCAGGAGAUUAUCGAACAGGGUUGCAUUUAAAGUGUAAUCUGCAAUCCCCAUUCAGGUGUAAAGAUUAGUUGUUGAGGUUAAUGUUUGCUAUCUACCCACAUUCCAGAAUAUGUGCUAACCAUGAGUUAAUUUGGCAUUGAUUCCAUUGUAUUUCUCUGCUUGAAUGUAAAUAUUUGCAGGAAAAUGAAUCUCAUGGUGGUACUUAUGUACUUUGAGUCAAUGUAGGGGACUCGCGGUGUGAGACAUUGCAGUUAUUGCUACACUACCCUUGAGUUUGCCUCUGAUUUUGACUGUUGCACACAGAUACAGAAUGUCCCAGGAUGCAUUCUGCAAACCCAGGAGACCCGUGGUGUUCAAGGCCGCCAGCAGCACAGUUCUCAACAUCCUGUAUCGAUACGGAGAGGCCAGGAACAUGACGUUUGCCCUGCCCUUCUACGACCACUUGGGGUAUCCCAGGCUCUUCCAGGCCACAUACGUCAAGGACUUUGGCAAGAACUCCAGCGAGGAAUAUAACAUCCUCUCAGGUGAGGAGGGUGAUGCCAAAACAAUCCUCCGGAACGCCAACCGGCUGGCCGAAUCAGCCUUCUCCUACUUUCACGCUGCCUUCAGGGAGGCAAAGAGCCUGGACCGGUUCCUGUCGAGGCCAGACACUUUCUAUAGGCUGUCCAGAACCAAUGAUCACUACGCCGGCUGGUUCGACCUGGGAGAGGACCUGUACGGAGCUGGAGCAGACUUUCGACCCUGCCAUGCUCGCCGAGUACUUUGACGAGACGCUGGUCCUGUUCCGGGAGGCUCUGUGUUGGCGGAUGAAAGACAUGGUUUAUAUUAGGCUCAAUGCUCGGCCGGCUGGCUGACUCCCGCCGCUUAGUCUAAGCUCCAGGAGUGGAACUGCUUAGACUGGAUCCCGUACCGCCACUACGGGGUGGCCAGGAUGAAGCGAGACGCCUCCUACCUCCAGAAACUCCGCCAGCACCGCCAGGCCACCUGCCUCCAAGGGAAAGGGACCGAGGAGGAUCGCAGCGCUGUGCCGACGGUAAUCAGGGAAGCCCGCUUCGUGGCCUACGAUCUCAGAAAGGACCUGACAGGCCCCACCCAUGAAGACAGUCCUGCCGGAGAAGUAUUCCCUCGGCCUAUUGCAGAAGAAGUGAGCACUGAUCAAACCUGCCAGUCAACGGGGAUCCUAGAGCAUAGAAUGGAACAGUACGGGACCGGCCCUUCACCCCACCAUGGCUGUGCUCCAAAUGAUGCAAAUUUCGGCUGUCUCUUCUGCCUGUACAUACCUAACCCUCUGUAAUCAGGUAUUUGUGGAAAAUAAAGAAAUACAAUAGAAGUUAUGAAAAACGAUACAUAAACAAAGACAGGAAACAACCGAUGUGCAAAAGAAGACAAAUAAAAAACAACACUGAGAACAUGUGAAGAGUUUUUGAAAGUGAAUCUGUAGUCAUGGAAACAGCCCAGAGUAGUGGUGAGUGAAGUUGAGCACAUGGGUAAGUAAUUGUUCCUGAACCUGCCGGUGUGGGACCUCAGGCUCCCCUACUCCCUGCCUGCUGGUAGCAGUGACAAGACAGCCUAGCCUUGAUGAUGGGGUUUCCUGCGUCAGCGCUCCUGUGAAUGUGCUCUGUCAGGGCAUUGUACGUUUUCCCCAUGACUACGUGGGUUUCCUCUGGGUGCUCUGGUUUCCUCACACAUCAAGUUUAGUAAGUUGUGGGCAUUCAAAGUGCUAUGUCAGCGGUCAGAGGUGAGUGUAUUGGCUAUUGCUAAGGAGGUGUUUGGGAACCCGGACCAGAUGGUCUACACCCCAGGCUUCUGAAAGAAGCAGCUGAAGGGAUGGUGGAGACAUUAGUAAUGAUCUUUCAAGAAACACUAGAUCCUGGAAUGGUUCCAGAGGGUUGUAAAAUUGCAAGUGUCACUCCACUCUUUAAGAUGGGAGGGAGGCAAAAUAACAGGGAAUUAUUGGCCAGUUAGUGCUUAGGAAGAUGUUGGAGUCCUUGUAAGUCUGGGGGUGCUAGGUACCACGUCUCGGAUGGUGAGAGUCCUUAAUGAUGGACGCUGCCUUAUAGAUGUGCACAAUAGUGGGGAAGCUUGUGCCUAUGAUGGAGCUAACUGGGUCUUCCAUCCACGUGGUCUCCUUUUGCUCCUGUGCAUUGACGCCUCCA